CUAGAGGAGGGGUGCAUGAGCAGACCAGCUAUAAAACGUGUGAUCUUCACCACCUUCUAUCACAUCACCUACAGCCUGACAGACACCAGGUUCCCUCAACAGAAAUCAUUUCUGCUCGCUGUGACCACUCGCCUCUGCUCUCCGGUUAAAGUCAUGUCUCAGAUCAGAAGCUCUUCUGCGGGGUCCUUCAGUAACCGCUCUCAGGUGUCCAGGAGUUUUUCGAGCUCUGGAGGUGGAGGAUAUGGAUUUGGAGGAGGAAUUAAUCAGGCGUACGGUCAGUCUCUGAUGGCCGGCAGUGUGCACAGCGGUGCAGGGAUAGGUGUAGGGUCUGGGUUUGGUUUAGGGUCUGGUGUAGGGUUUGGCAUUGGGUCAGGGUUUGGGAUGGGGGCAGUGAGUGGAAGGUCCGUCUCAUCUGGUUUGAGAAUGGUUGGAGGCUCUAUAUCGGCUGGUGGAGGUGGAGGAUCUCUCUCAGCUGGUUUGAAGAUGGGUGGUGGAGGUGCCUUCGUGCAGAACAUGGCAUACAUCGUCAAUGACAAACAGCAGCUGCAGGUUCUGAACGACCGUCUCGCCACUUACCUGGAGAAGGUGAAACGUCUGGAGAUCACAAACCGCGAGCUAAAUGAAAAACUCCGAUCGUUCACCGUCAACAGAGUUCAAACCACUCACGACCUGGAGCCGUAUCAAAUGCAGCUGAGACCUCUGCGUGAAAAGAUUCUGACUCUUAUUCAAGAAAACACAGAACUUACUUUAGCCAUAGACAAUGCCAAACUGGCUGCAGAGGAUUUCAGAUUGAAGUAUGAGACCGAGUUUGGCAUCUGUCAGUCUGUGGAGGGGGAUAUAGCAAAUCUAAAAGCUCUGAAGAAAGAGUAUAAUGCCACGAGCGACGUGCUACUGCAUGAGGUCAAUACAUUUGAAGUUGAACUCAAAAACAUCAAAGACGCACACCAGCAGGAGAUGAUCGGCCUGCGAGGGCAGAUUGCAGGUACAGUGACUGUGGAUGUGCAGAAUGUUGAGAGUGCAGACCUGUCACGUGUGCUGGCCGAGAUCCGUGCCGAGUACGAGACGGUCAUCAAGAAGAACCGCAGAGAGGCGGAACACUGGUACACUAAACAGGUGGAGAAGAAAAGUGCCGAGUUUGCGAUCGUCACGGAGACGGCGGUCACUGGUGGUACUGAGAUCACAGAGAACCGCAAACAGUCGAUGACGCUGCACACGCAACUGGAUGCCGCAUUCGUAGAGAAAUCUAACCUGGAGCAGCGUCUGCUGGAGGUUCAGUCUCAAUAUCAGUCCCAGUUGUACAGAUUGAGUCAGCUGGCUGGGAGUCUGGAGGGGGAGCUCAUGUCCGUCCGUGAGAGCGCCCUGCAGCAGAGUCGAGACUAUCAGCUGCUCCUGAGCACCAAAGUUCAGCUGGAGAGAGAGAUCAACACUUACAAAGCUCUGCUAGAGGGCGCCGGAGAGGUCACUGUGCUCGCGGCCAGACCAAAGACUCUGGAGGUCAAGGAAACUGUUACAGUUGUUGAUUCCAGUGUUGAUAUUUCCACCACCGUUUUAACUGAAUCGGUGACGGCAGGCAGUGUCGAUGUUACCGUUCUUCCUUGAAGAGGUCUCUUCUCUGGUUAAAAUGCUCUUCGGGGUCUGGGUGACGUCAUCAGCGUGAUCAGAGCUUGACCAAUCAUCUGUCACUCAACACCGUUUUGUGCUGCACAAAUGUGUGUCAAACAUAAGUAAAGGCAAACAUACAACACCAAAGAA